AUGCUGCGAGUUUGUCUUCGAUCUUCGAGGACGUUGGGUCUCAGAUCCAACGUCGUCAGUCCUGGACGUCAAUGGAGAGCACAAAAUAGCCGGGUGAUUUCGGAUACUAUGAGAAGUUAUGCCGAUAAACCAAGUAUAGCAGACUCGAGACCUCCAGUACUUCCAGGAUCGGCCAGCGCGGCUACAUCUGAACCAUUACCACCUGGAGCAAUAGUAACACCAAAUACCGCCCCAACUCCAGCAACUCCAACCUCUACCACAAUUCCUGCGGAAAAUGUCCCUCUUACUCCCCCUCCUCCAGGAGUCAAGUCACCAGGACCUCCCCCUCCAUCUUCCAUCCCACCACCUCCCGCACCAAAGCCAAAGAGACGCUUCUUCCGCAAGUUCUUCACAACCUUAUUUCUGUUAACUACAUUGGGCUUCGGUGGAGGGGUUUACUAUUCUCGAAUCAACGAUAAUUUCCAUGACUUCUUUACCGAGUAUGUACCUUUCGGAGAGGAAGCGGUCCUUUAUUUCGAGGAACAGGAAUUCAGGAAACGUUUCCCUUUGAUCGCAAAUCGAACUCCAAGGCCUUCUAGAGAUACUGGCGAGCAAAUCAAAAUCCCAAGCCAAAGUGGCGUAUCAUGGAGGGUUGCCAAUGAGAACAAGGAAUCUACUAGGCGACACACUAGCUCGGCGAAGGACAAGGCGAAGCCAUCGGAAGCUGUUCAGACACCACAGGACUCAAAAGCAGCCGAUAGAGUCAAAGCCGUUGAACAAGUUAAGAGUGGAAAUGCACCAGUAAAGAACUCUCCAGCUCCAGCUGCUGCGUCCGCCACUUCAGAAGCCAAGCCAAGCAAUGUUCAAAGGGACCCAGAAGUCAAUGAGCCAUCUAGAGCAUACAAGAAAAUUGAGCGAAUUGACCCAAUUAAUAUCCCUGAUGGAAACGAGCCUGUAGUUCAAGAAUUGGUUAAGAUUAUGAAUGAUAUCAUUGCAGUCGUUAAUGCCGACAAUGCAAAUGCUAGAUUUACAUCUACUAUGGACAAGGCCAAGUCGGAAUUGAACAGAGUUGGAGGCAAGAUCUUGGCUAUGAAGGGGGCAGCAUUGAAAGAAGCUGACAAGAAGAUUAAGUCUCACGAUGGAGAAUUCGAUCGUGCUGCUAUGCAACUCAUGCAAAACUUCAAGAACCAACAAGCAGAGCAGGAAAUUCAAUAUAGGGCCGAGUACGAAGCCGAGCGCAAGAGAAUUCACGAGAACUACGAGAAAAAGCUUAAGUCUGAGCUCGAUCGCGCAAAUGAGGUCAAUGAGCAAAAACUCAAGAAUCUUUUGACAGAACAAGCAGUUGAACUCAAGCGUGCAUUUUUGGCUGAUGUCAGAAAUCGCGUGGAGGAAGAACGUGAAGGCCGCCUCGGUAAGCUUUCCGAGUUGACGAACACCGUCAAUGAUCUCGAGAAGCUUACUGGUGACUUCAAUUCUGUUGUCGACGCAAACCUCAAGACUCAACAUCUUCAUGUUGCAGUUGAAGCCGUUCGUGCUAACCUCGAAAAGUCUCAAAUUCCACGCCCUUUCACUAGAGAACUUGCUGCCCUUAAGGAAAUUGCAUCUGAUGAUCCAGUUGUAAACGCAGCGAUUGCAUCCAUCAACCCAGUCGCGUAUCAAAAGGGUGUUCCAAGCUCAGCUGCCCUCAUUGAUCGUUUCCGUCGUGUUGCAUCUGAAGUCCGCAAAGCUUCGUUGUUACCUGAAGAGGCUGGUAUUGCUAGUCAUGCUUCGAGUUACGUACUAAGCAAGCUUCUGUUCAAGAAGAAGGGAUUGGCUACCGGUGAUGAUGUUGAAAGUGUUUUAACUAGAACUGAGACAUUCCUCGAGGAGGGUGACUUGGAUGGUGCAGCUAGAGAGAUGAACGGAUUAAAGGGGUGGGCAAAGACUUUGAGUAAGGAUUGGUUGGGUGAGGUUAGAAAGGUCCUCGAGGUUCAGCAGGCUCUUGACGUAAUUGCAACCGAAGCAAGACUACAAAGUUUGAGAGUCGAAUAG